GAGACGAAAAGAAAAGCAUUCGAAGACUUCCUAUAAGAAGAAGAAGAAGUAGUAGAUGCCGGCAUUUUGCAGAGAGAGCAAGAAAGAGUUCUUAAGUCGAAUGCUAAAGACUCAGAAACCCCAGCCAGAGACUGAACUAGAGAGUGGAAUUAGGGUUUCUCUGCAACGUCUUCGAGUCCAUCCUCAACUUUUCCAGGUCAAUAAGGAAAAAGAAAACUGCAGUCUUUCGAUUUGUUCAUGUAUUCUUCUUGAGGUCUUCUUGACGUUGGACAUUGUUGAAUGAAUUGGAUGUAGUAGAAGACUGAGGUGGAGAAGAAUAAAUUAGGUUGAUAAUGACAGAUUUGUUCUUUUUACUCUCGAGGAUCCUUACCAUCUUGGAUGGUUAUGGUCCAUUUAUUUUUGGAUGGCUAGUAACUGGAUCAUUUGGACUGCUAGCUGUUACAUAUGCAUUCCUUAAGUGGCAAAGAAAGACAUCGCUGAACUGGGUUAAAGCUGCUGCUAGAGCAAAGAAAAAAGUUUGGAAGAGAUUGAAAGUUCCCCUAUCGCCUCAUACGUGGAUAGAAGAUUUUGCUUAUGGUGAACAGCCUUCCACAUGCUGUGUAUGUUUAACUUCACUGGUGUCCCCUCAAACUGUAGGUGCAAAAGCAGCGUCACAUUUUCCUCUUCAUAGGUGCUCUGUUUGUGGUGUAGCAGCCCAUUUCUAUUGUUCCCAGUUUGCAGUAAAAGAUUGCAAGUGUGUGGCACAAGCCGGCUCAUCACAUCUGAUGCACCAUUGGUCAGAACAGUGGGUUAAUUUAGAUGAGAAUUCUGAGUUGUCUGCUUUUUGCUACUACUGUGAUGAGCCAUGUGGUAUUCCUUUUCUUGAUGCAUCUCCCACUUGGCAUUGCUUGUGGUGUCAAUGCCUCAUACAUGUCAAAUGCCAUGCCAAAAUGGCAAAAGAAUCUGGUAAUAUUUGUGACUUGGGUCCCCUUAGAAGGCUUAUCCUUUCUCCACUCUCUGUCAAAGAAGAGGAUGGGGCAACUACUACCAGUGGAAUGCUGAGUUCUAUCACUAAAGAAAUUAUAGCUUCAUCUGUCCGUGGACAAAUUAGGAGAAGACGCCAGCGAAACAAAAAUGGAAGCACUCGUUCUGCCUUUUAUGAGGCCCCUAGCUGUAAAAUGCAGGAUGUUUCUGGUGCAAAUACAACUCUUGGAAGUGUCCUUAAUGGGCUUGUUGGUUUUGAUAAGUCAUCCAAUGGAAAAAGCAGUGAUCACUUUUUCAAGAAGAAUGGUAGAAUGCCUAGUAUUAAAGGUGCCAAAAAUGGAUUGGUGUGUAAAAAUGGAGGAGGUAAUAAUAUAGGUCAUGUUAGGAGUUAUAAAUUGGUAGAUUUGCCACAGGACACAAGACCUCUUCUUGUUUUCAUUAAUACCAAGAGUGGAGCCCAAUAUGGAUCUUCUCUACGGAGGAGAUUAAACAUGCUAUUAAAUCCUAUACAGAUUUUUGAACUUUGUCCUUCCCAAGGGGCCGAGGCUGGGUUGAAGUUGUUUGAAGCUGUUCAGUAUUUUAGGGUUCUGGUUUGUGGUGGAGAUGGUACUGUUGCCUGGGUUCUUGAUUCCAUUGAGAAGCAUAACUUUGAAUCACCUCCACCUGUUGGUAUACUUCCUCUAGGCACGGGAAAUGACUUGUCUAGGGUUUUGCGGUGGGGAGGAGGUUUGUCUUCAGUUGAGGGUCAAGAUUGGUUAGGUAAUGUUCUUCAUGACAUCAAUCAUGCAGCAGUAACAAUGUUAGAUCGCUGGAAAGUUAAUAUCAAAGAAGAAAACCAAGAAAGUAGUCCCAGAAAAGUACAAUCAAAGUUCAUGAUGAACUAUUUGGGCAUUGGCUGUGAUGCAAAGGUUGCAUAUGAAUUUCACUUGACUAGGGAGGAGAAUCCUGAGAAAUUUUACAGCCAGCAGUUUGUGAAUAAACUACGUUAUGCAAAGGAAGGUGCCAAGGAUAUAAUGGAUAGAACAUGUGCAGAUCUACCAUGGCAAGUUCGUCUUGAAGUAGAUGGAAAAUAUAUUGAUAUCCCAAAGGAUGCCGAAGGUGUAAUUGUACUUAACAUAGGCAGCUACAUGGGUGGAGUAGAUCUUUGGCAAAAUGAUUAUGAACACGAUGAUGAUUUCAAUCUUCAGUCAAUGCACGAUAAGGUUCUGGAGGUUGUAUCUAUCUGUGGAGCAUGGCACCUAGGCAAGAUUCAGGUUGGACUUUCCCAAGCUAGGAGGUUAGCCCAAGGAGAAGUUAUAAGAAUACACAUUUCCAGUCCUUUCCCUGUUCAGAUAGAUGGGGAGCCAUUUAUCCAACAACCUGGUUGUUUAGAAAUUACACAUCAUGGGCAGAUGUUCAUGUUAAGAAGGGCAUCUGAGGAGGAACCCAUAGGUCAUGCAGCUGCUAUAAUGACAGAGGUAUUAGCAGAUGCUGAGUGUAAUGGUGUAAUCAAUGCAGCUCAGAAAAAAUUACUUCUCCAGCAAAUGGCUCUCCAUCUCUCUUGACUACAACAUUUUAAUUCUGCUCUUCUUUCUUCACGGCUAUUUUUGCUUUAUUGAUAUGCUUUUUCGACCCAGGUGAUCUGGGCCAUUUGAAUAUCACUUACCCACUAGGUUUCAUACAAGGAAGUUGUUCAUAGAGAGAGAGAGAUUGUAUUCUAGAAGAUCGAAGAAAAUAGGAGAGAUUAUAUUCUAGAAGAUCAAAGAAAAUAAACCUCAGAGAGAGAGAUUGUAUUCUAGAGGAUCGAAGAAAAUAGGAGAGAUUUGUAAAAAUAUAACCAAAUCUAGUGAAAAAGGAAUACUUAUAAACAAGAACGUUCUUGUUUUUUC